AUGCGGAAAUUUACAUGGAAUUACCACCUAGUUACAACCUUCACAGAGAGCAGCUUGAGGGAAGAAAUUGCCAUUGGUUUUCAACAAUCCAAGUCUGACCACUCUUUAUUCACUAAAGAAAGUCAAAUAGGAACUUUCACAACACUUCUAGUAUAUGUGAAUGACAUCAUCAUAGGAGGCAAUUCUCAUGAGGAAAUCGAUCUACUCAAAGCCUAUCUUCAUAGCAAUUUUAAAAUCAAGGAACUUGGACCCCUCAAGUAUUUUCUGGGACUAGAAGUUGCAAGGUCAUCAGCUGGAAUAAACAUUUGUCAAAGAAAAUAUACCCUUGAAAUCUUGGAAGAUUCAAGGCUUCUUGGCACCAAACCUGUUUCCACACCCAUUGAGCUGAAUCAUAAACUGGUUCAUACCACAAAUGAAAUCCUACAAGAUCCUACAGCCUAUAGAAGACUCAUUCGAAGACUCAUUUACCUAACCAUUACUAGGCCAGACAUUACAUAUGCUGUAAAUGUUUUGAGCCAGUUUAUGGACAAACCUUCACAAGCUCACCUACACUCAGCUUAUAGAAUCCUCAAGUAUCUCAAGGGCUCUAUAGGUCAAGGUAUCUUUCUAUCAACAAAGUCAUCUCUACACUUAAAAGCCUACAGUGAUUUUGAUUGGGUUGCUUGUCCCGAGACUAGGAGAUCAGUUAUAGGUUUUUGCAUUUUUGUUGGGGAUUCAUUGGUAGCUAUUCGCAUCACCAAGAAUCCCAUCUUCCAUGAGAGAACCAAACAUAUAGAGUUAGAUUGCCACUUUGUUAGGGAAAAGGUCUUGUCUGGAAUCAUAACACCUAUCCACAUUGCAUCAAAGUUUCAAAUGGCAGAUAUUUUCAUUAAGGCUUUGACAGUUUCUGUUUUUCAGUUCUUAUUGUCCAAGAUGGGCAUACUCAACAUCUAUGCCCAUCUUGAGGGGGAGUCACACGAAACAAAAACUAAAAAGGGACAUGGAUACUCUGAACAAGCACAAUGUAACUUGCAGAAAAUAUCAUGCAGUAAACAAGUUGAUGAAACACAAGAUACAACAGCUGAAAAGUAUAAAGCACUAACACAGGAAAGUAAAGCAACAUAA